CGCUGACAACGACAAACACACACAACACAACGACGAUGGACGACGAUGGGAUUCGGGUGGUCGCGGGCAGCCAGCAGCAACAGCAACAGCAGCAGGAGCAGCAACGGCAGCAGCAGAAGAAGAGCAAGAAGACCUCGGGGAUGAGCGAGGAGCAGGUGCUGCGGUUUCGCGUGGAGGAGCAGGCAGAGCUGAUCCUCCUGCUGAAGAAAUCAAACGAGACAGCGCAAGCGACAAAUGCAAACCUGCAGCGCACGCUGACAGAGUGCCAGGCGCAGAUUCGAGAUCUCAAGGGCAAGCUGACCCGGGAAGCCAAGGCCGCACAGCAACUGCAGGCCAACUUCAACACGCUGUCCAGCAAUCAUGAACAGCUAUCCAGGUUCAAGGACGAGUACAAGGCGGAGAACAAGCAGCUGCGAGAGCGCAACGCAGACCUGGAGCGGCGUGCUCUCAAGCAGGAGGAGGAAAUCACAAAGCGCGUGGCGGAUGCAACAAAGCUGCUCAAGUCAACCGUCACAGAGCUGCAGCUGAGCAAGCAGCAACUCAUCAAGGAGAACAAGCACUUGAAGCAACAGCUCGAUCAGGCUCUCGAGCAGUCCAAGGGUCUGUCCACCCAGCAUUCUGCGGUGAGCAAGCACGCGCAGGAAGCUGCCAAGAAAGCGAGAGCAGAACAAGAGGCGCUGUCGCGGCAAAUCACCACGUUGCAGCAGCAGGUCGCCAACCUGCAAGCCCAGAACAAGUCCCUUGAAUCAAAGUACAAGGAGGCAACGACAGCAAUUGCACAGAUGAAGACGGACGCCUCCCGUCACAAGGAGGCUGCCAAAACAGCAAUGCAACAGCUGGAACAAAACAGUGUCAACAAGAAGGUGCUGGCAGCGGAGCAGCGAGCAGAGGAGGCUGAGGAACAAAUGGAGCGUAUUAGGGAGGAGUUUGAGGCCUUUCGCAAGUACAACCAGCAGCUAUUGCAAAAGGAGCGAGAUCUCAAUGCCCGCCUGAGAAGACUCACAAGCAUAUGACGCCUUCACAGCCCCCGCUCUUUGUCUUUGUGAAUACAGCAUCGAAUGUACAUUGUCCAUUGUUACAUCCCCCUCCCCCCCAAUUGUUACAUUACCCCUUUUUCUUGACCUGCGCUUGUGUGAGCACCAGGUGCUCUGGCUCAAGUGUGUUUUGGCAUGGGUCAUCCCCUGGGCAUGGUAUCGCACCAGGAACCUUGCCCCUCCCGGGCAGCUCUGAAGUGCUCAUGUGCAUGCACCACGUCCCUGCUUCAUCAUCGAUCACAUGUGCGUGUGGAUGGCUUCAAUCUUGCUGGCUACGACUUGGUGGAAAUAAGCGACCCAACAGACACCG